GGGGAUUUACUGGGGUUAUCUCCGUGUGUGUCUGGGGCUGACGGGCAUUUCCGCCUGCUGCCGAGAGGAAGGCUUGGUGCCCCUUCCGCCUAGGAUCUGACACAUGCCUUGAGUGUUGCUGUGUUAACGUGGCUGCUCCUUGCGCUUAGGAAUCCUUCCAACAAAGAAGAAAAAGUACGUGCUGCGCAGCUUUCCUUUACCUUUUGGGUGUAUGCCUGGGGGCGGUCAAGACUCCCGUCUGUAAUGUAAUAGCUCGUGUAAACGAAAGGGAGGUGGGAGCUAUUGGUCGGUAGUUUCCUUGCCGGUUAACAGCACGGCCACAUGCGUUUUUAUCGUAGUUGAUUGGUGCAGGCAAAUUGUGCCCUGCCUCUUUAAAUUCGUAAACGCGUGGAGUUGAAAUACAUGGGCUAGAAAGCUUUUGCUACCUUCCCCUCGCCCCCACGGAGGAGUCUUAGCAAGUGCCCGUGUAGGAGCUUAGAGCGCAGGCAGUCUGAAAGGAGCCGGAAAUAUGUUACAUUGAUGUUUGGCAUAGAUGCAGUCAAGUUAAAGAGAGAGCUUGAUGCCACAGCAACAUUAUUGGCUAACCGACAAGAUGAAAGUGAGCAGUCUAGAAAAAAGCUUAUUGAGCAAAGUCGUGAGUUCAAGAAAAACACUCCAGAGGACCUGCGCAAACAGGUAGCUCCAUUAUUGAAGAGUUUCCAGGGGGAGAUUGAUGCAUUAGGUAAAAGAAGCAAAGAAGCAGAGGCAGCCUUCUUGAAUGUCUAUAAGAGAUUAAUUGAUGUUCCAGAUCCAGUUCCCGCUCUUGAUCUAGGACAGCAGCUUCAGCUUAAAGUCCAGCGCAUGCAUGAUAUUGAAACAGAGAACCAGAAACUUAGGGAAACGCUAGAGGAAUACAAUAAGGAAUUUGCUGAAGUGAAAAAUCAAGAGGUUACAAUAAAAGCGCUUAAAGAGAAAAUCAGAGAAUAUGAACAGACCCUGAAGAACCAAGCAGAGAAUCUAGCUCUUGAAAAAGAACAAAAAUUACAAAAUGACUUUGCGGAGAAGGAGAGAAAGUUGCAAGAAACACAGAUGUCGACAGCCUCAAAGCUGGAGGAGGCCGAACACAAAGUUCAAGCUUUACAAACAGCCUUGGAAAAAACUCGGACAGAAUUAUUUGACCUGAAAACAAAAUAUGAUGAAGAAACUACUGCAAAGGCUGAUGAAAUUGAGAUGAUCAUGACGGACCUCGAAAGAGCAAAUCAGAGGGCAGAGGUGGCUCAGAGAGAGGCAGAGACCUUAAGGGAGCAGCUCUCGUCAGCUAACAAAUCUCUCCAACUUGCUACGCAGAUCCAGAAGGCACCUGAUGUGGAGCAGGCCAUAGAGGUGUUGACAAGAUCUAGCUUGGAGGUGGAACUAGCUGCAAAAGAACGAGAAAUUGCUCAGCUGGUCGAAGAUGUCCAGAGACUCCAGGGCAGCCUCACCAAACUUCGUGAGAACUCCACCAGCCAGAUAUCCCAGCUGGAGCAGCAGUUGACUGCCAAGAACAGCACACUUAAACAACUGGAAGAAAAACUGAAAGGACAGGCUGACUAUGAAGAGGUUAAGAAAGAAUUAAAUAUUCUGAAGUCAAUGGAAUUUGCACCGUCUGAGGGAUCUGGUGCACAGGAUGCAUCCAAACCACUGGAGGUGUUGCUGCUGGAGAAAAAUCGCUCAUUGCAGUCUGAGAAUGCCACACUGCGUAUCACUAAUAGUGACCUGAGCGGGUCAGCCAGGAGAAAAGGGAAAGACCAGCCUGAGAGUCAGCGUCCUGCAACCUUGCCGGCCUCCCCUUCUUCUCAGUUGCUCCGCAACACAGGGGAGCAGGCUUCCAAUACUAAUGGUACACACCAGUUCUCACCAACGGGUUUAAGUCAAGACUUUUUCAGCUCAUCCCUGGCAAGCCCCAGCUUACCCCUGGCCUCCACAGGAAAAUUUGCACUAAACUCUCUCCUCCAGCGACAGCUAAUGCAGUCCUUCUACUCCAAGGCAAUGCAGGAAGCAGGAAGCACAAGCAUGAUUUUUUCAACAGGUCCUUACAGCACAAAUUCCAUAUCUUCCCAAAGUCCAUUACAACAAAGUCCAGAUGUUAAUGGCAUGGCCCCAUCUCCCAGCCAGUCAGAAAGCGCUGGGAGCAUCUCUGAAGGCGAGGAGAUAGACACAGCAGAAAUUGCACGUCAGGUGAAAGAGCAAUUGAUCAAGCACAAUAUUGGACAGCGGAUAUUUGGACAUUAUGUCUUGGGACUGUCACAAGGGUCUGUGAGUGAGAUUCUAGCACGGCCAAAGCCAUGGAAUAAACUGACUGUAAGAGGCAAGGAGCCAUUUCACAAGAUGAAGCAAUUCCUCUCAGAUGAGCAGAAUAUCCUGGCGCUACGCAGCAUCCAGGGUAGACAAAGAGAGAAUCCAGGCCAGAACCUGAACAGACUAUUUCAGGAAGUACCGAAACGAAGAAAUGGGUCUGAAGGUAACAUCACCACAAGAAUCCGAACCACAGAGACUGGCUCUGAUGAAGCCAUCAAAUCCAUUCUAGAACAAGCCAAAAGGGAGCUGCAAGUACAGAAAACAGCUGAGCCGGCUCAGCCAACUUCUGCAUCUAGCAGUGGCAAUUCUGAUGAGGCCAUUCGAUCCAUUCUGCAACAAGCCCGGCGUGAAAUGGAAGCACAGCAGGCUGCCCUGGAACCUGCCUUAAAAGCAACACCUUUGUCUCAAGCUGACAUUUCCAUCUUGUCCCCAAAACUAAUAACGACACCGGCAAUGUCUUCGGUUUCCAGUUAUUCUCCUUUGGCCUUGUCGCUGAAGAAACAUUCAUCGGUCGGGGAUUCUAAUGUAGCUACGUUACAGAACCUCUCUGGGCUAAAAAAGGAGCACCAAGACACACCAAUUUUAGAGCUCCAUGGAAUCGCUGAUUCUGCACAAGGUGUGCUGAGGCACGUUAAGAAUGAAUUGGGGCGUGGUGGUGUGUGGAAGGACCAUUGGUGGAACACUGUUCAGCAUGACAGAAGAAAUACCACUGUCCCUGAAGAUGCAAAGAUUGACGAAGCCAGCAGCGGAAAAGAAAAGAUCAGCAAUCAGACAAGGCCCGAUCGUAGUCAGCUCCAAGGACCAUCCUCUUCAGAAUAUUGGAAGGAGUGGCCCAAUGCUGAAUCUCCAUACUCCCAGAGCUCUGAAUUGAGCAUGACGGGAGCAAGCCGCAGUGAGACACCACAAAAUAGUCCCCUUCCUUCCUCUCCUAUUGUACCUAUUGCAAAGCCAUCCAAACCCUCAGUUCCUCCAUUGACACCUGAGCAGUAUGAGAUUUACAUGUACCAGGAAGUGGAUACAAUAGAGCUGACUCGUCAGGUCAAAGAAAAGCUAGCAAAGAACGGCAUCUGCCAAAGGAUCUUUGGGGAAAAGGUGCUGGGCCUUUCCCAAGGGAGUGUCAGUGACAUGCUCUCCAGGCCAAAGCCAUGGAGUAAAUUGACACAAAAAGGCCGAGAACCAUUUAUUCGCAUGCAGCUCUGGCUGAAUGGCGAGCUGGGACAGUGUGUCCUGCCGGCACAAGGGCAGCAGCAAGGACAAGUCCUCCACUCGGUGACAUCACUACAGGAUUCCCUACAGCAGGGAUGUGCAAGCUCAGAAAGCACUCCAAAGACCUCUGCCAGCUGCAGUCCUGCUCCUGAGUCUCCUAUGAGUUCCAGUGAGUCAGUGAAGAGUUUGACUGAAUUGGUACAGCAGCCCUGUCCAGCUAUAGAGACAAGUAAGGACAGCAAACCACAUGAAUCAAGUGAGCCACCUGUUUCUGAGUCCCAGUCGACAACACCUUUGCCACUCUCUGGCCAUUCAGCACUUAGCAUUCAAGAACUGGUUGCCGUGUCUCCUGAAUUGGACACAUAUGGCAUUACGAAGAGGGUUAAAGAGGUGUUGACAGACAACAACCUUGGUCAGCGUUUGUUUGGGGAGACAAUCCUAGGGCUAACGCAAGGUUCGGUCUCAGACCUUUUGGCUCGCCCAAAGCCCUGGCACAAAUUGAGUUUGAAGGGACGGGAGCCCUUUGUCCGCAUGCAGCUGUGGCUAAAUGAUCCCAACAAUGUGGAGAAAUUGAUGGAUAUGAAGCGAAUGGAAAAAAAAGCCUACAUGAAACGACGGCACAGCUCAGUCAGUGACAGUCAACCUUGUGAGCCCUCUUCGGUUGGAAUAGACUAUAGCCAGGGAGCCAGCCCACAGCCCCAGCAUCAGCUAAAGAAACCACGAGUAGUGUUGGCACCGGAAGAGAAAGAAGCUCUAAAGCGAGCCUAUCAGCAAAAGCCAUACCCAUCACCAAAAACCAUUGAGGAACUUGCUACACAACUCAACUUGAAAACCAGCACAGUGAUCAACUGGUUCCACAAUUACAGAUCUCGCAUCCGUCGAGAGCUGUUCAUUGAAGAAAUCCAAUCAGGAAGCCAGAGCCAGGCUGGGUCAAGUGACUCUCCUUCAGAGGGAGACAGUUGUGAUGGUGUGGAUACAGAAGGCCCACCUGAAGGAAAACCAAGUGGUCUGGAGGCAGAUGAGUACAGCAAUGCAACCACAAAGUCUCAGGGAGGGCAAGCAGAGUCAGCUUUUGAAGCCGGGGAAGAGGUACCACAAGAUGCCAGAUCAUCAGAGAAAACUGAGUCAUUCCAUUUGGGAAUGGAGAGCCUGGAGGAUACUGAUGAUGAGAGUAGGCUCAAAGCACCGCGUCAGAGUUCUCCACCAGGGUCUCAAAGUUCAGGGGAAACUCUGGAGACAAUGCCAAACUCUGCUACAGAAGAGGAUGCCUCUACCUCAGCUGCCUCCACCUCAGUCCUUACAGGGGAGAGCUCCUUCAAGUCAAAAGAAAGUUCAGAGAAGAUAUUAAGUCUGCCAAGUACAAGUUCCACAUUGGCUGCAGGCUCACAGAAAGCCAACUCUAUUCAGAGUUUAUUCAACUUUUCUGAGGCAGUAAGCUCCAAGAACACGAGGGACAACAGCUUGAGGAAAAAGAAAGCAGCAAACUUGAACAACAUAAUACACCGUUUAGAGAAGGCCGCUAGUCGAGAAGAGCCCGUCGAAUGGGAGUUUUGAGAUUAAACUCGCCCAGCUCUAGAGAGUUGGGAAAGUUAAA